AUGGUGGCCCCAAGGCCCGCCCUCUCACUGCUAUUGGCUGUCCUGGCCUGCACGGGGCCCGCACGCCCCUCGCCCCCCCUGCUGCUCCGGCCCCGGGAGAGAGAGAGGGACUCGGGUGGUGUCAACAUCGCCGUGGUCCACUCGGGCUCCUCCCUGCUCCCGGAGACGGCGGUGGUGGGAGGUGCGGGGGUCGGCGAGCCAGGGCCAGGGAUGGGGCCCGGUGUGGGAAAUGGUCCGGGAGGAGGUGGAGGUGGAGGAGCAGCUGCAAUGGCUUCGUUUUCCUCCUCCUCAUCAUCCCUGUCCCUGGCGGCGCUCGUGGGGGAGACGGUGAUGACACCGUCAGGCCAGGCCAACGUCAUCUACCUGGCUGUGAAUGAGAGCAGCCCGGGCAGCCUUCUACUGCAGCUGUGUGAGCUGCUGGCCACCACACCACUACAGGGUUUGGUGUUUGAGGAGGAGAGACCACCGCCGCCAAACCGCGCCCCUCUGGCUCCGAUGCUGGAGUUUGUCUCUGCCCAGACAGGGGUUCCCGUGGUUGCUGUCGGGGGAGGAGCCAGCCUGGGUCGAGAGCCACAGGAGAGCGGCUCCAUCUACCUCCAGUUCACCUGCUCCACUUCGCUCCAGCUCGAGGUCAUCUUCGAGGUGCUUGAAGAGUACGACUGGACUGCCUUCUCCGUGGUGACCACCCGUCACCACGGCUACGAGGACUUCCUGGCCAUGGUGGAGGGUAUGACGGACGGUUCGUUCAUCGGCUGGGAGAAGAAGAGCGUGGUGAUUCUCAACGUGACGGACGACCCCGGUGGGGCGCGAACCAAACGGCUGCUCAAAGACAAUGAAGCACAGGUCCGUCUGCUGUACUGCUCCCUGGAGGAGGCCGAGCUGGUUUUCCGCGCGGCCUGGGCGGCGGGUCAGGCCGGGCCCAGUCACAUGUGGUUCGCCGUGGGACCGGCCCUGUCCGGUUUGGGCCUGGAGGGUUUGCCAAAGGCCUUGUUCGCCAUCCGGCCGCAGGGAUGGAGGGACGAGCCGCGCAGGCGCAUUGCCAAGGGCGUCUCUGUGCUCACCCACGGAGCAAUGGCACUGCGGAGGGACCAGGGGGCCACCAGCCGGUCGCAGUACGCAGGCAACUGCCAGAGUGACGGUAACCAGACCCAUCGAGUGCCAGACAGGAUCAGGUACUUCACCAACAUAUCUAUCGGUGGGCGGGAUUAUUCCUUCAACAGUGACGGCUACCUGUCCAACCCGCUGCUCGAUGUCAUCUCCUACACCAAUGGGAGAGGCUGGGAAGAGGUUGGCUGGUGGGAGAACGGACACCUGCGUUUACGUUACCACCCCUGGUCUCGUUACGGCUCCUUCCUGAAGCCUCUGGAUGACUCCCAGCACCUCAGAGUGGUCACCCUGGAGGAGAGGCCCUUUGUCAUAGUGGAGCCCGCAGACCCGGGAACCAGCUCCUGCAUCCGGGACUCCGUACCCUGCCGCAUGCCCGUCAACUCCAGUUUGGUGGUGGAUGGCACCGGGCCCAUGAAGCACUGCUGCAAAGGGUUCUGCAUCGACGUCCUGAAGCGUCUCGCUAAGAUCGUGGGCUUCACCUACGACCUUUACCUGGUGACGAACGGCAGGCACGGGAAGAACAUUGAUGGGGAGUGGAACGGCAUGGUCGGAGAGGUGGUAUCCAACAGGGCUGACAUGGCCAUCGGCUCCCUCACCAUCAAUGAAGAGAGGUCAGAGGUCGUGGAGUUUUCCGUCCCGUUCGUGGAGACCGGCAUCAGCGUCAUGGUUUCCCGAAGCAACGGCACCGUAUCACCCUCUGCUUUCCUUGAACCCUACAGCCCAGCGGUGUGGGUGAUGAUGUUCGUGAUGUGCCUGUCGGUGGUGGCUGUCACCGUCUUCAUCUUUGAGUUCUUCAGCCCCGUGGGAUACAACCGCAGCCUGCAGAGCGCCAAGAAGUCGGGUGGAUCUAAGUUCACCAUUGGGAAGUCGGUAUGGCUGUUGUGGGCGCUGGUCUUCAACAACUCUGUGCCUGUGGAGAAUCCAAGAGGAACCACCAGCAAGAUCAUGGUGCUGGUGUGGGCCUUCUUCGCUGUCAUUUUCCUGGCCUCCUACACUGCCAACCUGGCUGCCUUCAUGAUCCAGGAGGAGUACAUCGACACGGUGUCAGGGCUGUCGGAUAAGAAGUUCCAGCAGCCGACGGAGCAGUACCCGCCGCUGCGUUUCGGCACGGUGCCAAACGGCAGCACCGAGGAGAACAUCCGCUCCAACUACCCCAACAUGCACCAGUAUAUGAUCCGCAACAACCAGAAGGGUGUGGAGGAGGCCAUUGACAACCUCAAGACCGGGAAAUUGGAUGCCUUCAUUUAUGACGCCGCGGUGCUGAACUAUAUGGCCAGGAAGGACGAGGGCUGCAAGGUGAUGACCAUCGGCUCGGGUAAGGUGUUUGCCACCACAGGCUACGGCAUCGCCCUGCACAAGAACUCCCGCUGGAAACGUCCACUGGACCUGGCGCUGCUGCAGCUGGUUGGAGACGAUGAGAUUGACAUGUUGGAGCGUCUCUGGCUGUCCGGUAUCUGCCACAACGAUAAGAUUGAGGUGAUGAGCAGUAAACUGGACAUCGACAACAUGGCAGGGGUCUUCUACAUGCUGCUGGUGGCCAUGGGCCUCAGCCUCCUGGUAUUUGCCUGGGAGCAUCUGGUGUACUGGAAGCUGCGGCACUGUGUGAAGCGAUCUGGUGGGAUGGACUUCCUUCUGGCUCUCAGCAGGGGGAUGUACAGUUGCUGCCAGUUUGAGGAUGAGACGGCACCAGGAGGCAGCAAAAGCUCUUUGCCCCAGUAUCACACCGUGACCACCAUGCCUACUGCACCCCAACAACACCUCGUUACAGCCACAGUGAACAACACAACUGCCAUUGCCAUGGUGCAGCAGCAACAGCAGCAGAAGCACCAUCAGCCGCAGCAACAGGGGCAGACCUAUACCACCAUGCUACCCGGAUCACCGCCAACUACGGGACACUCGGCAAUGGCUCUGGGUCCCUCAAAUAGCCCCUUGCUGGAAGGCCCCAUGCCCUGCUCCACCUUCUUGCCUCGCCACGACCGCAGACUCGCUGUAGUGGAUCGCUGGAACAGGCCAAAGCCGGAGAAAGUCAUGAGCGCAGGCAGUGCUGGAGGAGUGGGCAUUGGGGGGAUAGCAGGAGGGAUCACUGAACUCCAGGCCCAGCAGCAGUAUCAACAGAACCUUGGACAGCACUGGACCCUGCAAGGGGGAGUUGCAGGUGGAACAGGGGGAGGAGGUGACACAGGGCUAGAUGAAUAUAAGCGCUACUAUGGACCUAUAGAUCCAGAGGGGCUGGGAACUAGCUCGGACCAACAGGCAGGGGGCCCCCAACAGACUCCCAAAGCUAAUCCUCGAGGCCCCAAAGCCUCAGGGAUGCCACGGCUGCCGCCUAAAGGCCCCCAACCAGGCCCAGGGCACUUAAUCUCCAAGCCUCCUCCACCACUCCCAUCUUCUCCACGAAGGCCUCCCUUCUGGCGACGAGGAAGCCUAGCUCAGGCAAGGAGAAAAGGCUCAGGAGGUCCCCUGUACGAGAAUAUACUCCCUUUGGGGAGGCGAGGAGGUGGGAGGUACGGAGCAAGCGAUGGAGGUGGAAGAAGAGGGCGACGUCUUCCUCCACCUCCUCCUCUUCCUGUCCCACUUUCCUCCCCUACACACACCCCCACCACUCCCUCCUCCCCAUGCCGUUUCUACUCCUCAUGCUCCAGUGCCUCAUCCUCUUCCUCUUCCUCCACAUCGUCCUCAUCCUCUUCUUCAUCCUCUGUCUCGCUCUCUCGGUCAAAUUCCCCCUCUUCUUGCUCCAGUGACAGCUCCUACAACUCCUCGCUGAGUUUCCGGUAUCGAGCAGGGGAUCGAGAGUUUACGGUGGAUGAUGAGUACGACUCAGAUCUGCUCACAGAGGAGUCCAGCCUCCUCCUGGGGUCACGGAGGAAGAUCCGUUCACGCCGAAUGUCUUCGCGCUCACUGCCAUGCAGUCCGCCACCUCCGCCGAUCCCUCCGCGGAAGCCACGUCCUCUGAGAGAUUAUGGCAGAGAGAGGACUGGCAGCCAACUGGCCCAAUUACAGGAGUGGUGGGCAUCGUGGGGAGACAGGGAGCGAGGGAGGGGAGGGACAGCGAGCCGGGGGGAUGGAGGAGUGGGAAGAGAAGAGAAGAGGCACCAUAAAGAGAGGGAGCGCGAAAGGAAGAGGAGGAAGAAGGGCCGAAAGAAGAAGAAGAGGGAGGAGAGGGAAAGAGAGAGGGAGCGAAAGAGGCGCAAAGCAAAGAAGAAGAGGAAGAGAGAGAGUGAAAGCUCCAUCAGAAGCUACGGAUGGAACAUCCCAGGCGAAGAAGAGAGGAGGGAAAGAGAAGAGAAAGAGAGGGAUGAUGGGGAAGACAGUCGAGGAAAGGAAAAACACCACAGGCGAAGAAAUAGCAAGCACUAUCAUGGCUCGAGCAGUAAGCCCUCGACAUCUGUCAAAUUCUGGGGAGGGGGAAACCCAUCCUCCGACACCAUUCCAUCUGCCUUCCUGCCCUUGUUGCCUGUCUCCUCUAAAAGGAGGAAGAGUAAAAGCUCCGACAGGGAUGCUGUAGGAAUGGAGGGAGAGAGGCGGCCAUUGCUGGGACGGAACGGAAGAGGCGAGAUGCACUCCAAGGAGGGGUUGUCCUUCCACGAGUGGGAGUCCGAAGUCGAGGAUGAUGAAGAAGAUUCUGAUCAGGACAGGAGGAAAGAGCGCAGUAAGCGGCGCGGAGGAGGAAGGACAAUGUCCGAUGAGGAGCGGGAACGUGAUAAGGUAGUCGGGAUAUACUCUGAUGAUGAUGGUUCUUCUGGAGAGUUUGGGAAGUUUGAGAGGUACUGGGAGGAUCACGAAGGAAGGGCAGUGGGAGGGAUCGGAGGGGGAGGUUGGUUUUUCAGUACCUACCCCUCCAGGGAUAAAGCCGGCAGCAUCAACAGUAGAGAUGACCUGUUCCUGGAGCGAGGAGAGAGCCCAAACAUGACUCGUCCUCCUCCUCCAAACCUGAUCGCUCACAGAAUCCAUCUAAAUCUGGCAGUCAGUCAAACCUCAGCAUCCAGCAGCGGACACAGAGAACAGAUAGGGAUCGAGAGCGAGGAAGUCUCAUCCACCCCGGGGGCGCCCCAGUCCUCCUCCAUGGCUUCGGCAAGUGCCAAACUGCAGUACCAGAGAUUGCGCUCUGUACCCCAGCCCCAGAGAUUUCCUCAGUCUCCUCACUUACCCCUCAAAGCCAAGAGCCUUUGCUCGCGAAGGGGCUCGGCCCAUUUCUCCAGCGUGGAGAGUGAGGUUUGA